UGCUUGCCUAAAGUAGCUCCGAAAUCUGAUAGCUACCAACCCUCUUGUUUGUUUGUUCAUAUCGUCAACUUUCUGACUUUACCUCCCCGCGAAUACCCUCACUUUACUUAUUUGAACCUAAUCGACGCUUUCUAGAAACUAUCUCUUCAUCGACCAGGACAUACCUUCUCUUACUUUUACCAGCGGCUGUUUCCCAAGAUGUUUAUUGCAAGAUCUGAAUAUGGUAAGUUAGUUGAAGCAUGUCUGAAGCGCCCAUGUCCUCGUUGUAUCGACUAACAACUGUGCAGAUCGGGGUAUCAAGUAUGUCGAAGCCCAGCUACAGCAAAUAUCUCACAAUUCAGAUCAAUAUUAAUAUAACAUCAGUACCUUUUCCCCAGAGGGUCGUUUGUUCCAAGUCGAAUACUCUCUAGAGGCCAUCAAGUUAGGAUCAACGGCAAUAGGAGUUGCAACUGGUGGUGGAGUAGUUCUCGGUGUCGAAAAGCGCGUAACUUCCACCUUACUCGAAACAUCGUCUGUCGAGAAGAUUGUUGAGAUCGACCGUCACAUUGGAUGUGCCAUGUCAGGGCUUCAAGCAGAUGCACGAUCAAUGGUAGAACACGCUCGAGUCGAAUCUCAAAAUCACAGCUUCCACUACAACGAACCUUUAAGAGUCGAGAGUUGCACCCAGGCUAUUUGCGAUUUGGCAUUGAGAUUUGGUGAAGGUGCAGAUGGCGAGGAGAGUAUUAUGAGUAGACCAUUCGGUGUUGCUCUUUUGAUUGCUGGAUACGAUGAGGACGGACCACAAUUAUACCACGCUGAGCCAAGUGGAACAUUUUAUAGAUAUGAUGCAAAGGCUAUUGGUUCAGGUUCAGAAGGAGCCCAAGCUGAAUUACAGAACGAGUUUCACAAGGUAUAAUAACAUGACACCCACCUACACAUGAUGUCACUAACCCUAAAAUUUAGUCACUCACAAUUGAAGAGGCAGAAACUUUGGUAUUGAAGACAUUGAAGCAGGUCAUGGAAGAGAAGUUAGAUUCGAAGAAUGUGCAAUUGGCUAGUGUCACCAAGGAGAAGGGCUUCAGAAUCUAUACAGAUGAGGAAAUGGCAGCUGUUGUGGAGCGCUUACCUGCGAAUUAAGAUUCCAAAUAACGAGAAAAGUCUUGAAUCAAUCUCGCAUGGAAUAGUCAAUUAGACAUCUUAAUUGACAUGAAUGAACGAUAUUAAUGCAUGAUAUCUCUUAUCCAUUGAGGAUUGCUUGACUCUCUACUUGUUCUUCUUCCCGUGCUUUCUACCGAAUUUCA